UGGAAAAUAAACAUAACGUCGUAGUAUAUACGUUCUUGCUAUUUGACGUGUUUAUUCCUUUUGAUAAGUGAACAUCGGAAAAUGUAAAAAUAUCAGAAAUAUAGAAUUGCAUUAUAAGUGUGUCAUGUAAGAAUUAUUAAACACUUCGUUAAACCACAAUACACUUUCGACAGGAUUGAAGUAGAAAUUCAUCUAUUUGUUAACGAAACACAUGCCGCAGUGUUCAAACUGGACAUUCCUUAAUCAACCGUUUUAAAACAGUGAAACAAUUCGUAUGAGAAAGUGAAUACAGAUUAAAAUCAUACUAGUAAAUGACGAUAUAGAAAUUUGAUCAAAAUGCCAUCAAAAAUGAAAACAUAUCUGGUCUUAUGCCUUAUAACAUUUCUAUGCUGUGUGGACCUUAGCACUACGGAAUCAACAUCAACAGCAACAAUGACGACGACAACAGCACCCGAUCCUACGGCAACAUAUGCAUCAAGUUUAGCACCUACAACAACAACGGCAACAAUAACUGCAACAGUAUCAUAUACAUUGGCAACGGACGCAACAAAUUCAACAACAUUAACAGCAACAAUACCAGACCCGACAGCUGCAAAUGCAACAACAGUAACACCAGAUCUGACGGCUACAAAUGCAACAGCAAUAACAACAAGUACAUCAGCAACAUUACCAACAACGACAACAUCACCAGAUCUGACGGCUACAAAUGCAACAACAGCAACACCAGAUCUGACGGCUACAAAUGCAACAACAGCAACACCAGAUCUGACGGCUACAAAUGCAACAGCAAUAACAACAAGUACAUCAGCAACAUUACCAACAACGACAACAUCACCAGAUCUGACGGCUACAAAUGCAACAACAGCAACACCAGAUCUGACGGCUACAAAUGCAACAACAGCAACACCAGAUCUGACGGCUACAAAUGCAACAGCAAUAACAACAAGUACAUCAGCAACAUUACCAACAACGACAACAUCACCAGAUCUGACGGCUACAAAUGCAACAACAGCAACACCAGAUCUGACGGCUACAAAUGCAACAACAGCAACACCAGAUCUGACGGCUACAAAUGCAACAGCAAUAACAACAAGUACAUCAGCAACAUUACCAACAACGACAACAUCACCAGAUCUGACGGCUACAAAUGCAACAACAGCAACACCAGAUCUGACGGCUACAAAUGCAACAACAGCAACACCAGAUCUGACGGCUACAAAUGCAACAGCAAUAACAACAAGUACAUCAGCAACGUUACCAACAACGACAACAUCACCAGAUCUGACGGCUACAAACGCAACAACAAUAACCGCGACGACAUCAUCAGAUCUGACGGCUACAAAUGCAACAACAGUAACACCAGACCCGACAGCUGCAAAUGCAACAACAGUAACACCAGAUCUGACGGCUACAAAUGCAACAGCAAUAACAACAAGUACAUCAGCAACAUUACCAACAACGACAACAUCACCAGAUCUGACGGCUACAAAUGCAACAACAGCAACACCAGAUCUGACGGCUACAAAUGCAACAACAGCAACACCAGAUCUGACGGCUACAAAUGCAACAGCAAUAACAACAAGUACAUCAGCAACAUUACCAACAACGACAACAUCACCAGAUCUGACGGCUACAAAUGCAACAACAGCAACACCAGAUCUGACGGCUACAAAUGCAACAACAGCAACACCAGAUCUGACGGCUACAAAUGCAACAGCAAUAACAACAAGUACAUCAGCAACAUUACCAACAACGACAACAUCACCAGAUCUGACGGCUACAAAUGCAACAACAGCAACACCAGAUCUGACGGCUACAAAUGCAACAACAGCAACACCAGAUCUGACGGCUACAAAUGCAACAACAGUAACACCAGAUCUGACGGCUACAAAUGCAACAACAGUAACACCAGAUCUGACGGCUACAAAUGCAACAACAGCAACACCAGACCCGACAGCUGCAAAUGCAACAACAGUAACACCAGAUCUGACGGCUACAAAUGCAACAACAGCAACACCAGAUCUGACGGCUACAAAUGCAACAGCAAUAACAACAAGUACAUCAGCAACGUUACCAACAACGACAACAUCACCAGAUCUGACGGCUACAAACGCAACAACAAUAACCGCGACGACAUCAUCAGAUCUGACGGCUACAAAUGCAACAACAAUAACCACGAUGACAUCACCAGAUCUUACGACUACGAAUGCAACAACAAUAACUACGACGACAGUGCCUGAUCUGACGGCUACAAAUGCAACAACAAUAACCACGACGACAGCGCCUGAUCUGACGGCUACAAAUGCAACAACAAUAACCACGACGACAGCGCCUGAUCUGAUGGCUACAAAUGCAACAACAAUAACCACGACGACAUCAUCAGAUCUGACGGCUACAAAUGCAACAACAAUAACCUUGACGACAGCGCCUGAUCUGACGGCUACAAAUGCAACAACAAUAACCACGACGACAUCAUCAGAUCUGACGGCUACAAAUGCAACAUCAAUAACCACGACGACAUCAUCAGAUCUGACGGCUACAAAUGCAACAACAAUAACCACGACGACAUCAUCAGAUCUGACGGCUACAAAUGCAACAUCAAUAACCACGAUGACAUCACCAGAUCUGACGGCUACAAAUGCAACAACAAUAGCCACGACGACAGCGCCUGAUCUGACGGCUACAAAUGCAACAACAGCACCAACCACAAUAGCAACGCCGGAUUUAAUGGCCGCAUCUACGACAGUCCGCUCAAUUGACGAUACGGCGGAAGAGGAAGAAAAAAGGCCGCUGAUGCCCAGGCGACGGCGGCCGUCACUGCCGGAAGUGUGACUGCGUUGUCCAUGGCCGGCACAAUCAUGGGUGUAAGUAUCGCUGCCGUUGUUGGCUCUCAGAUCGGUGCGACUGCGGCCGUUCAGGCCGGAACCAUGAUAGGUACACAAGUUGCAACCCAAGUCGCCACUCAGGCAGGAAUUCAAGGAGCAACGCAGGGAGCCCAAAUUGCUACCAAUGCAACUGUUGUCGCCGUUGCCCCGGCUGCUGUAGUUAUCUGAUAUUGUUUUGGGCCAGAAGACGUUUUCCAUUUAAAUAAUUAGUUCUCGGUUGUUCAAAAAAGUUUCUUGACCUUUU